AAACGUCUUGCUGUUUUGGGUUUACAAACGUCUUGCUGUUUUGGGUUUACCCAGUUCCCCAAUUGUUUUCCGGAACUUGGGGAAAACACGUUUUGGUUUUACCCUACUUCCCACCCCAGGGAGUUGAGGUAUUUUGAAACAAACAGCAAAGCUGGCAUUUUGAAGCCCGCCCCAGUACAGCUCUUAUCCACCUCGCCACACAUCCCAUCAAGUUCACUGCACCCAAAUCUUUCAAGCAAGGCCAGCGAGCAACCGCAAGACAGCCGCAACCUAUCGGGAACCUACUCAUGAGCAGCUGAAGCCCCUGUUCAGCUCCCACGGUGGUUCCAAGUUUGUGACUUUCCCUUGCGGCGUCUGCGUUUGACAACAGGCCAGGCCGCUGCGAAAGCACUCGCAAAAAAUUUUUUUCUUCACCUUUGCAAAUCAUGGCUGAUCUUGAUGAUAGAAAACCCGCAGCUGUUACUGUGGACGCAGUGGAUGCAGCAGCAGACCAAGACUCAUCUGAAGAUGAAGCUCCUCCAGCUCUAGCCUCUGCUGUUCAAACAGUUGGCACCACCACACCAGCAGCAUCGUUAGAGCAGCACACCACAACAGUGGAACCCACAGCCCAAGCCAAACAAGCCCCAACAGUCACAUUUGCAGCGCCAAAUACACCAGCUGCUUCCACUCCCAGGUACUUUGCCUCAACAUCCCAGACAGGACAAAUUGCUCAAUGGUGCUCCAGUGAUGCCUUCAUCUAUGAGCAUGACAAUCAAGCUGCCCUCAAUGAACGAGCUAUGAUUAUUGACAUGCUCAAUGCAACUCAUCUUUUGCAACAAGAGAAUCGAGAUCUACUUGUUUUAGCCAACAAGGGCUACACCAAUGUUCCACCUGACCCUUGCUACUUUCUGGCAAGACUUAAUGGUGGUCAACUUGUCAUUUUCUAUGGAUUUCAGCAGUGCAACCAGCUUGGAUCGGCAUGGCAGUCCAAAACUGUUGUCUUUGUUGGUGACCCAUCUGCACCCAAUGUUGCCCCCCUGGUUUGGGUUCCCAAACGCUUAGCUGACUUUGCUCACGGCAAUCUCACAGUGUCAGCACUGACUACCAUCACCAAUGUUACGCGUGCCACCAGGAAUGGACCCACCAGUCAACGUGAGCUUCCAGUCAAGCUUGCAACAUCCAGAGCAGCACGAGAGCAUCCAAUAGUAACUAUGGUCAAGAUUCCCCCCCUCCUCCUGGCUCAAGCAUUUGCAGCUGGAGAUCCCAGCAGAGUCCAUUGAAUUUUAUGCUACCAAUCCUCAACUUUGUUCAAAAGUGGACAGCUCAGGCAAAUGCGUUACCAGAACAGGGAUACAAGCGUGAUAAGAUGUUGACAUGUUUGAAAAACAGUUUGUUGACAAUGGUCACUCAGAAUACGGCCAUGCGAGGUACAGUGCAAGAAUCCGUGGGUGUGAUGCAGCAAUGUUGGAGCUGUCCAAGGAUUCCCUGUAUUUCCAGCCACCUGAUGUACACAGCACAAAUUGGGCCAUUGCCAACUGGAAUCGCCUAGCUCCACAACAGCAACCUUCAGGAGUGCAGCAGCCUCCACAGGUU